UACUAACUUGCGUUGAUCUCGGCUCUCUUUCUGGAUCCCAAACAAUGUCGGACUUGGAGUACGACAGCGGAGAUUCUUUAGAAGACUUAUCUGCGGAGGGCAGUGCUCUUCGAACAGCAGGGACCGAAGCUGCAGACGGCGAGCAAGAGUCUGAGGAGACGUCGCUGAGCGUAGGCGACCCGCUAGCCUCGGGAAGGAGGGGAAGGAGAGGGGCCAUCAGAUGAAGAAGAUGAGGAAAGUGGCAGACCAGCAGAUGUCACUGGUGAUGAACCAGAGAAGACAGCCAAAAUUGUGAAAGCAGGUGCCUUCUUGGACAGCAGUGAUGAGUCGGAUAACGAAGAGGGGCCGAGGGGAGAGGGGGAGGGGAGGGGAGAGAAGGAGGGAGAGCGAGGGUCUGAACUGCCAGCUGAAAUGGAGGAAGAGGCGGAGGGGACAUCAAAGGUAGGAGGGAGAAAGUUUCUAGAAGAUUCAGACGAGGAAGAAGAGGAAGAAGAUGAAGCAAACACGACAGGAGAACUGGCGACAGACAACGCUGAGCCAGAAAAGACCAGAACUGAAAGUACCAGUCAGGAGGAUGUCUUUGGAGCUAGCGAAGAUGAGGGAGAAGAGAGCAGAGGAAAGAAACGAAAGAGAGGCUCCGUCGGUGGAGGGGAGGGAGAGAGUGAGGCCGAGCCGGGAGGAGAAGAAGAAGAAGAAGAAGAAGUAAAAACAAAGAGAUUGAAAGAAGGUAGUGAAGAUGGAGGUUCGGUAAAGGGAGAGGAGAGUGACGAGGAAGACGAGGAAAGAGAAGGAGAGCGGGGAGGAGAGGGAGUGGGGGGAGGAGAUGGAGAGGAGGGAGAGGAGGGAAGAGAGGGAGAGGAGGGGAGUGUGCCAGAACUGGGAGGAGAGAAGGUUGUGGGAGAGGAAAGGGGAGAGGAGGAAGAUGAUGAUGAACCAGGACCAUCCAAUGCAGGAAUGUCAGACUGGGAUCAAAUGAUGCAGAAAAGGAAGGAGGCCAUGACCAGAGCACGAAGAAGACGAAAGAGGGACAUCGAUAUAACAGCCGUGGACGAUCACAUCAUGGCUAUGAUCAGGGAGAUGAGGCAAGCUGUUGGGGAAGAUCUACAGUUGAAUCAGGCGAGGCAACCUGCUCUGAAGAAACUGAAGAUGCUACCCACGGUUAUUUUGAACCUCAAGAAGUCUGACCUACAAACAUCGUUUAUUGAGUGCGGCAUCCUCACUGUACUGGCUGAGUGGCUGAAUCCCCUUCCCGAUCGAUCUCUGCCUCACCUCAAAAUCAGAGAGUCCAUUCUCGACAUACUCAAAACUUACCCAAUUCCAGAGAGUCAUAUUCUGAAGUCCAGCAGGAUUGGAAAGGCAGUGAUGUUGCUGUUCAGGCAUCCGAAGGAGACGAGAAAGAAUAAAGAGAAAGCUGGAAAACUCAUC